CGCAACCGUCGCGUCCUGCACAGAGCACCAAGCCAAAGACACGCACACACACACACACACACGAGAUUGAAAAAUGAAUUCCAUGGCGAGGAUCAUCGUACUUUGCGCCUUCGUCGCGCUGGCCGCAGCCCAGCCGGCCAAGAACGAGUUCUGGAAGGGCACUAGCAUGGACGCGAUGGUCGAGCAGACCAAGCUCGAGUGCUCCCAGAAGAACGACGAGAUCUCCUGCAUGAAGUUCAAGAUUCUCAACCUCCUCGACCAGCUCUUCCGCAAGGACAACUUCAAGGUAUCGGAGACCGUAGAGGUCACCCGCAACUCGUACCCCGUUGACGAGCUGUCCGGUCGCAGCCUAGGCGAGGGCUCCUUCCUCGAGACCGUCCGCAGCUACCUGGCCUCCCACGACGUGACCUUCAAGCUGCCCUUCGACUCCGCCGUCAAGGUGUCCUCCCGCAACAUCGACGACGACGAGCUGAGCUUCGACCUCAAGUUCGGUGAGGGCCGCGCCGCCGAGGCUCGCAAGUCCAAGCUUAAGAAGGUCAUCAUCCCCAUCCUGGUCUUCGUCCUGCUGAAGGCCAUGACCCUCAUCCCCCUGGCCAUCGGUGUCCUUGGACUCAAGGCCUGGAACGCCCUUCAACUGUCCUUCUUCUCCUUCGUCGUCUCCGUCGGUCUGGCCAUCUUCCAGCUGUGCAAGAAGAUCGCCGCUGACAGCCACGCUGCUCCGAUCGCCGCUCACGGACCCUGGGAAUACCAGGCUGCCCAGUACAGGUCCUUCCAGGAGGCACCAGAGGCCGCCGCUCAGGAUCUCGCCUACUCUGCCUACGCUCAGGCUUAAGCGCGACGAGACGAUGAUCUAGUUUCGAGGGAGCUGCGUUGAUUCUUUGACGCGGCAGCCCGACUUUUGUAAAAUACUCUUCUCUUCCUUCCUACUCUUCGUGUGUGUCCCCUGCUAUUUUUUAUAAAUUAUUUAAUAAAUUAUUUGCAACUAUAUAUGUCUGUCA